AUCUCCCACCAUGCCGCCGCCGCGCACGCUCCUGCGCGCGCUGCCCGGCCCCGCCGGCGCACCGGGCUCCUUCGUGCUCCCGCUCCGCAAGCUCGUCCUCUCCUACUGCCCCGCCGACGCCGCCAGCGCCGGCAUGCGCGCCUGGGUCGCGCGCGAGGCCGAGGCCUUUGCGCGUGCGCGCCGCAGCGUCGAGGUCGUCGUGCAGGAGGUGCCGCACAAGCAGCCGCUGGCCAAGGGCUUCUACUUGAACGGCCGCGAGAAGGUCGUGCCCGUGUCGAACCUGGGCGCCGGCGGCGUGGCCUCCAAGGUGACGCUGCUGGCCGAUGCCUCGGGACGCAAGAUUGUGCCGCUGAAGCGCCGCACCGUCGUCUCGGCCACCGAGUCGCCGCGCGGCAUGUGGAGCCAGCUGCAUGCGGACCCGACGGUGCUGUGAGGG